GAAGACUGGAACCCAUCUUUGGAAAAGUUCAGAUCCUUCGUCAUUGUCAAGAAAAAGAGUUGUUGUCUGUUCAUGGGAAAAGUCGCCCCAAACGAAAUUUCCAUCCGUUGAACCCAAUUUAUAUCGUCAAUCCACGAACCCUAAUCAAACAUCCUAUUUAUAAUCGACGCCUCUAAAUCUUCUCAUCGUUUUUCUACUUCGUAACUCCACAAUAGAACGCGGUGUUGAGCAAAUAUAGUAACCUUGUUUUCAGAGAGAGAAACAAUACUCCAUUACAAAGAUCACGCGCUUCUUAUUUUCUACCCUCCUCAACCAUUUUUUUCCUCCUUCAUUCUCAGGCUUCCAUUGUAAAUAGAUGGGUGAUCACUCGGUUCUAGAUGUGAAUCAACCCAUUAAAAGGAGUGCAGACAUGGAAGUCCCUUCAUCUUCCAAUACAGAAGCUCUUGUAGAAGAUGAAAAUGGGGCUUCUUAUGAUGAGGAAGCACCUCUAUUAACAAUGGCAGAGUGUCGUAUUUGCCAAGAGGAAGAUUCCAUUGAUGCUUUAGAGACACCCUGCACUUGCAAUGGCAGUCUUAAGUAUGCUCACAGGAAGUGUGUUCAACACUGGUGCAAUGAAAAGGGUGACAUUACUUGUGAGAUAUGCCAUCAGCCUUAUCAACCUGGAUAUAUUGCUCCACCUCCCCGACCUUGCAUGGAAGAGACCACCAUAGACAUUGGGGGAGCAUGGCAAAUCUCAGAAGCUGAUCGUCAAUAUCUUGAAGCAGAGUACGAUGAUUAUAAUUCCACAAAUGCCAGCGGGGCAGCCUUUUGUCGUUCGGUUGUUUUAAUCUUAAUGGCUCUUUUGCUUCUCCGACACGCGUCAUCUGUGCCUGAUUCUGAAGGAGAUGGAGAUGGGGAUGAAGACGCAUCCACGUUUUUAACCCUUUUCUUGCUUCGGAUUGCGGGAUUUCUUUUGCCCUGCUACAUCAUGAUCUGGGCCAUCAACAUUUUGCAGCGUCGAAGGCAAAGACAGGAGGCGGCAGCAUUGGCGGCUGCCCAAUUUGCUUUUGUACUGCAAGCGGGUCAAAGAAACGGGUUGCAUUUGACCGUAUCUUCUUUGGGGCCCGCACCAGCCCAAGCACCCGCACCGGCACCCACUGUGACUCCAACUGCUGCACCACAAGAUGAAAAUGGAGAUGAUUUUUUUCAGGAGAGAGACGAUCAAUCGAUUGGGAGAAAGAUAGAGAAGGAGAACGUGUUUGCUUCUAUUUUUCUACUAUGCCACGGAGAUAUUUACAAGUAUAUGAAUGAGAUUGAAGAAAAGCCAAAGUUACGAAUCCUUAUUGGAGAUGAUUCGAGGAUGAUUCAAAUUAUGACGUAUUGAAUUAAAAGUCAAAGUUGGUGCUACAAAUUGCUUUGUAAUUCGAUUGAAACAAGUAAUUCAUGUUUUUUUUUAUUAUGUUCUCUUUACAAAUAUGUAUGAAUCGUCAACGUUCAUUGCUUUUUCUUUUAAUUAUUAGUUGGUUUGAUCAAAG